GACUUGCGCGCACGCGCAGUAUCCCCAUUUGGCCUCUGGUCUUUCAGGCGCUCAUGAUUCGCUGAAAGGUUGUCUGCUGCCCUGCGCUUCUACACAACAGUUUAAUGUCUAAAUUCGGCUUGAGGACCUUACUUGGCACAUUCUGCUGACGAGAAAAGUCAUCAGGACGGUCCAUUGUGUGGACUCCUACUACUUUUACUAUAAGCACUGAUGUAGCAGUGUGUUGUGUUCUCCCUCUACCUCUGGUUCCUUGUGCCUCACUGCAUGACCUCAGACAACAGAUACAUCCACGAAAGGAAACAGCUCCUUCCUCACCCAGGAACUCUGGAUUCCUGACUGUGACACCUGGUAGCUACAACACCACAACCUUCUCAUCUCAUCUUUCAACUAUUCUCCAGUAGAGGAAGCAUUUUCCGCAUAAGAACACCUCCACUUGGACCAGUGGAGGUGUUGAAGAGCCAUCUGCCCCCUCCCCUUUGUUAUCUUGAAUAUUUUAAGAAUAUUUUUUCUUCUGGUUGGCUUGAGUCCGGUUCUACCGGCCGUGAGACUUUUCAAAACUGGGGCGCGAUUCAUGGGAUGCAACCAUGUCGGAUCUCAAUGAGCGCAGGCCGGUCAACACGGACUACGCUGUCUCUCUGCUGGAGCAGCUCAAGUUCUUUUAUGAACAGAAAUUACUGACUGACGUUGUGUUGCUGGUGGAGGACGCAGAGUUCCCAUGUCACAAGAUGGUCCUGGCCACAUGUAGCUCCUAUUUCAGGGCAAUGUUCAUGAGUGGGCUCAGUGAGAGCAAACAGACCCAUGUCCACCUGAGGAACGUGGACCCAGCCACCCUGCAGAUCAUAAUAACCUACGCCUACACGGGUAACCUGGCCAUCAGCGACAGCACCGUGGAACCGCUGUACGAGACCGCCUGCUUCCUACAGGUGGAAGAUGUCUUGCUGCAGUGCAGAGACUAUCUGGUGAAGAAGAUUAACGCUGAGAACUGCGUCCGCAUGCUGAGCAUCGGCGAUCUGUUCAGUUGUAGCGAGCUAAAGCAGAGCGCAAAGCGCAUGGUGGAGCACAAGUUCCCUGUGGUCUACAGGCAGGAGGCCUUCCUCCAGCUUUCUCACGAGCUGUUGAUAGACGUCCUGAGCAGUGACAACCUCAAUGUGGAGAAGGAGGAGACGGUCCGCGAGGCAGCCAUGCUGUGGUUGGAGUAUAACAUGGAGGCACGCUCGCAGCAUCUGUCCUCUGUACUCAGUCAAAUCCGCAUCGAUGCCCUUUCUGAGGUGACACAACGUGCCUGGUUCCAGGGUCUGCCACCCAACGACAAGUCUGUGGUGGUGCAGGGCCUCUAUAAGUCCAUGCCCAAGUUCUUCAAACCUCGAUUAGGUAUGACCAAGGAGGAGAUGCUCAUCUUCAUGGAGGCCAUGUCCGAAACACAAGGUGAAGGAUAUGUCAUGUCCGGGUCCUUGCCUACUACAGUAGUGUGUUACAGCCCACAGGCAGAGAAAGUAUACAAACUCAGCAACCCUCCAGGAGACCUUCAGAAGGUGGGAACUCUUGUUACACCAGACAAUGAUGUGUUCAUUGCUGGCGGACAGAUCCCUAUCAAAAAUACUAUCACUAACCAUGGCAAGAGUGGAAAGUUACAGGCAGUCUUCCACUCGGUUGAUAGCUUCUUUUGGUUUGAUGCCCAGCAGAAUGCCUGGGUGCCCAAAACACCCAUGCUGUGUGCCCGAAUCAAGCCCUCGUUGGUCUACUGUGAGGGCUACAUCUAUGCAAUCGGGGGAGAUAAUGUUGGAGGAGAGCUGAACAAGCGUACGGUCGAACGUUACGACUGCGAGAAAGACGAGUGGAGCAUGAUGUGCCCCCUGCCUUUUGCCUGGAACUGGAGCACCUCUGUGGUGGCGCACAACUGCAUCUGGGUAAUGACACACGAUCUGAUGUACUGCUACUUCCCUCGAGCAGAUACUUGGGUGGAAAUGGCCACGCGCAAGACCAGCCGCUGUUUUGCCUCUGCGGCUGCCUUCGGUGACCUCAUUUUCUACAUUGGUGGUCUCCAUGUUGUCAGCAACUCUGGCAUCCGCAUGCCCACGAGCACUAUUGACGGCUCCUCCGUUACCGUGGAGAUCUAUGAUGUCAACAAGAAUGAGUGGCGCCUGGCCGCCAACAUCCCUGCCAAGCGUUACUCGGACCCAUGCGUGCGAGCAGUGGUGCUGCUCAACUCACUGUGCAUUUUCAUGCGCGAAACCCACAUGAACGAGCGCGCCAAGUAUGCUAUCUAUCAGUAUGACAUGGACCUAGACCGCUGGUACCUGCGGCAGCCCGUGUCCGAGCGCGUCCUCUGGGACCUAGGUAAGGACUUCCGCUGUGCGGUGGGAAAGCUGUACCCCUCCUGCCUGGAGGAGUCCCCUUGGAAACCACCAACCUACCUCUUCUCCACCGACGGAGCCGAGGAGUUCGAGGUGGAUGGGGAGCUGGUGACCCUCCCUCACGUAUAGCUCUUAACCUCUGCUCCCCUACCUCGCUGACUGAACCAGUAAUCUUAAACGCUGAGGGAUGAACAUUGGGGUGGGAGGGGCAGAUCAGAUCUCUGAGAUCUGAAAGGGUUUGACAUUGUCUUUGUUGUGGAUGGAUCUCUUGACUUUGGAGGUUUGCAUUACAUACAGCUGUUGCUGAUAAGGAAUGCAGGCCAAAACAAGCUUGGAGAGAAAAAGAAGCCCCUAAAAAUAUUAGUAAUCUGAAAAUUUUGUCAGUUGUGACAUCUGUUAGAUAUUAUUACAACUCUGUCAUACUGUUUCUACAAUGUGAUAAUCUGAACAUCAACUGAUUUUUUUUUUUUUUUUUUUUGUGAUGAUGAUGAGGGUAAUGAUGCACUUAAUUGGUAAAUCUUCUUGGAAUGACAAUGGCAACUGUACCAAAAUCCCCCCCCCCCCUUCAGUUGUGGCUUCCCUCUCUCCCCGCUCUCCUCUCUAUUAUCUUAUUUUCUCUCAACACUGAUAAAGGAAUACGCCACUGAAAAUCUGUCCUUAGAGUAUCAAAAACAUUCCCUGUAGGCUUACAUAAGAGGCUCUGAAAAGGUUGUAGCUUGCUCCUUUGCAGAGGAUGGCAGAUCAGCUUUUAGUCACAGCAACAGAAAUUUGAUUCUGGUAAAAAUCAUUUUAAAAAAAAAACCAAAUACUGAACAUCUGGAGAGUUGAAUAAUACAGCAGCAGUGGUUGGACAUGGUUUAAUGCCCAUUUUGAGCUUGAAGGUUCAUUACUGUGGAAAUGGUAGUUUGACAGGUAAUUUGUGGCAGUUUUUCUCCAUGAAAUGUGGCUGAAAGUUUGAGAGAAUUUCCAGUAAGUGGACCUUUUGUCUUUAUUGUCCCAUGCGGGAAAUUUGUUUUCAAAACCUGUAUAUGUACAUAUCUUAACAAAAAAAACAAACUAUACGAUACAUACUAUAUAAAUAGUGUUUCUGAGGUCACUUAUAUAUUUUGAGAAAGACUUGCAUGGAGGAUUAAUCUGUUCACAUUUUUUCAAAGUUAUUCAUUAAUCUGUUUGUUCAUAAAAUGUCAAGAAAAUAGUCAAAAAGUGUCCUCCCAUAGUAUAUGCUUACAUUUUUAGACUGCAUGAUUGAUCUGACGAGCAGUCCAGAAUCCAGGAAGUCUAUAAUCAUGAUCUAAAAACAAGAUAGGAAACAAAUUCUCACAUUUGAGAAGCUGGGACUAAACGGAAUUGGCUUGAAUGGAAAGCUGAAGAACCGGUCAACGAUUUUGAUAUCUCAUUUAUCAUUUAAGUCACUUUUCAUUCAAAUAUGUCAAACAUUCUCUGGAUUCAACUUCUCACAAGUACAAGUGCAGCUCUGCUGAAAUGAUUAAUUGAUUCUGACAGUUGACUAAUGCUUUUCGUGAUAGUUUGGGCCUGUUGCUGUGGUUCUGCGUCUCCACUGGAAUCCAUUGGAGCUAAAGGGAAUCCAGGCUUUCUGAAAACUACUGUCUCUCACAAAUGAGUAAAGUGAAAACUUUCCAGAGCCACCUUAUAGCACUUUUAGAUGAAGGUAUUUGAUCCUCCAACGAUAGAUUUUAGAGUGUUCCUUUAAAACCAGGAUCCAUCUAUUUCUUCAUGAAGCCCUGCAGCAAGAGGAGCAGAGGCUGUGGUCUUUUGGGGGAGGGGUGGUAGGGCUUACAGGGAAACAAGUGAGAGUUCAAGAGGACUUGAAAGAGGGUGACUGCAGGUCCGGUCAACCAUCACCUCUUCUCCCUCACUACUCUGUCCUCCACCCUGACUCUGCUAUAGAGCCUCCAUAGCCUGUCAGUCUGUUUGCCCACAGGUCUUCCACACGGCUCGCAGUUUACGUCUCACUCCAUCCACCUGCACAUGAUCAUGAUCAUUUUUCUUUCAGCAAACUCUUCACUCUGUACAAACCUAGGUUUCAGGCUCAUGCAUUUUUUAUUUCCAAGCUGCUGAAAUAUAUAUAUAAUAAAAUAUAUAUUUUUCAUAACUGUUUUAGUGUGGGGAAAAUAACCAGGUCUAUUUUGUAUUAGUGUCUUUUUUUUAAAAUUUAAUACCAGCCAUUACUGUAGUGUGAUUGUGGGUAGAUAUCCAUUUUCCUAUCAGAUUUAAUUUUUUUUUCAAUUGAAUAUUGUGGAAUCUUGCUGCUGAUUGGUUGUGAGAGGAGAGGGCUGGCCCACGGCUGUAAAUCAUCUCAGCAACCGCCAGCAGUAGUGGAGAGGGCGGGUUUGGGAGGGAUGGGGUCUUCCUCCUACCUUAAAAACAUGAGCACAGGUGCUUCAUGACCUUACUAGCAUGUUUGGCUGCAUCAUACUCCUUUGGCACUGUAUUUUGAAUGAACGUUAAUUUAUUAAAAACAUACCAAAAACGUUUUUGAAA